ACUGUUGACAACAGUGAGGAAAGAGUGUCAGUGAGGACAGAGGGGAGGUGAGAGUGAGGGAGAGAUGAACUGGGUAUGAAAGCUGAACACUUGGACAAAGAGCCAGCAGGGAUAAACAGUAGCUUCUACUUUCAGAAGUUAUGAGUUAUCCAGGAACUCGGACACUUUGAAAGCAUCGUCGUCAUGUGGGACAAACCAGGAGGAUGACUGGACAUCUGCAGCAUCUCAACUUUACAGGAGCAGGAAGAGUGACUCCCUUCAGAAUGAACUGUGCAGUGAUUCUUCUAUUAACAUCAAGCUGCUUCGCCUGGUCUUCAGUGAUACAUACCCCCAACAGAGCAGAAUCCAAGAAACUAAAGUACCUCCUUGAGCCUCCUGUGUACGCUGAGGUUGUUGGCAGAAGGGGACAAAACGUCACCUUGCCGUGUAUCCUGAGAAUCAAACCUAGCCAUUACAAAGUGAAAUGGACAAAGCUGGAGCCGGAACACGUCGGGACGGAGAACAUUAUCAUGAUUUUAAAUGCACAUGCUUUCAAGCCAUACGGCCAUCUUGGACAGCGGGCUUCUCUCCGGAAGGCUCACACCAUGGACGCAUCGCUACAGCUCAGCAGCCUUGAGCUGGAAGAUGGCGGCACGUAUCGCUGCGAGCUUGUCAAUGGCAUCGAAGAUGAGAGUGUUGUCAUUACUUUGAGGAUUGAAGGUGUGGUGUUUCCAUAUCAGAGUAAAAAUGGCCGCUACAGAUUCACUUUCCAUGAGGCUAAGGAGGCUUGUACUGAGCAAGAUGGCACAUUAGCCUCACUGACCCAGCUGUACAUAGCAUGGACUGAGGGUCUGGACUGGUGUAAUGCAGGCUGGCUCCAUGAUGGAACCGUUCAUUACCCCAUUAUUCAUCCUCGACCUGCCUGUGGAGGAGAGCUGGUCCCUGGAAUUCGCAGUUAUGGACCAAAAGAUAAGAAUCACGAUCGGUUCGAUGCUUUCUGCUUUACUUCCCAGGCGUCUGGCUCUGUUUCCUACAUAUCGGGGGCGUUCUCUUUCGAGCAGGCAGGACAUGCAUGUAAACAUCAGGGAGCGGAGUUGGCGUUGGUGGGCCAGCUCUAUGCCGCCUGGCGUUUCCAAAACUAUGACCAGUGUGAUGGCGGAUGGCUGAAGGAUGGCAGCGUACGGUUUCCCAUCAGAAGCCCUCGGGAGCGCUGUGGAGGCAUCCCUGAAGCAGGGGUACGCUCAUUUGGAUUCCCCAACAAGGCGAUGCAUCUUUAUGGCGCCUACUGCUAUAGGUAGCCCAAAAUAAAACAAAAAUACAAGGCAAGGCAAGGCAGGUUGAAUUGUAUAGCACAUUUCAACAAAAAGGCAAUUUAAAGUGCUUUACAUAAAACAUAAAAGCAACAAAUUGGGAAAUUGAA